UGCGGGGAACGGUAGUGUGUUUUUUCAAAUUCAAACCAACGUGCCUCGGGCGCGAUGCGGCGGUGCUGCGUUUCCUUGCAUGACCGUUGUUGUGCAGAGGAGCAAACGGGCAGGUUACAGCGUCCUGAUGCGGUUCUGUGUGUCCUCCGGCAUGGCAGUAGCGAGUCGCGUGGCCAGCAUAAAGUGCACGAUCAUGGUGGUUGUGUGCAUUGUCCAUUGCCCUGUUGUCGCGUUCUGACGACGCACGUGCAUAUGGCAGACCUGUUGAGGAAGACUGCUCUCCUCGCUCUCCUCCUGUUCGCCUUGCUGACCGUUCUUGUCGUCCAGCUGUGGCAGCUAGGCAGGCGGGCUGCAGUACAGCAUCAGCCGAAGUCGUCGAAGAAGAAGGUUAGGUUCGUAGGUGCAGAAAAGUCAAUGGGGGAUUAUCGUUCAGGGGCGGGGCGAGAGCACGGGAUGGAAGGGGCAGGCUUUACCAACGGGACGGAUGUGCGGGAACAUCGUUUUGAUCCGGCGUUGUACUCGCAUCUCCCCUCUUGGCAACAGCCCCUGCCAGACGAUAAUCAUUGGGAACCGCCUUCGUCAACUCUUCCACUUGGAUGGGGGUUGACGCUAACUUCUUACGACACGGUGGGGAUACCUCACCGUCGUGCCAGUUCCUUGGGGCCCAUGUCUGCGCUCCUCGGCAAAGUUCGCGAAGGUGGCGGACAUCCUCUUGAUCUUCAUCUAUCCCCUUCAUGCAGCAUGCACGUCUCGAGGACGCUGAUCGUCGACCACAGCAGCGAUGGCCGCCGUCCCAUGAGAGUUGCAACGGACGUGCCUACGAAGGGAUUGUCCAGCGCGUCAGUGAAUCCGCAACAAGAAGUGGCGAUGAAGAACAUUGGUGCGGCUGCUGCGGAUAGCGUGCAGAGGGGUGUAACGGGUGGGACGACGGCUGCGGAAUCCCUGCCUGUCAUUGAACGAAUCAUAGCGCGAGUGUCAAACAUGCGUGCGACGGGCCAAGGUGAACAGGGCGGCGUCGGAAACGCGGGUUGUGAGGAAGAGGGUGAAGUCGAUGACGAUGACGAAGAUGACUCGGAUACUGAUGAGGAGGAGGAGGACGGUGUUCAAGAAGUGACAGCUCGUGGGGGCAAGAAAAAAGGAAGCAAUGGCCAUGGGAAAGGUAAGGCCAAGAAAGGUGGCGAGGGGGGGGGCGGGAACAGGAGGGGGCUGUGGGAUCUGAAUGAAUCCCUCGUUCUUGUGCAGUGCAAGAGGGAUCAGGAGGACUACCUCGCGAAUGUUGGUAGUAACUUCGCGCGGUUGAAGACGGAAGAGUGGAAGUGGACGGACAUAUCAAACCGGAUGAGGCAGCAAGGUGUAAUGAGAGACUGGGACUCGUGCAUGAAGAGGUGGGAGAACGUCAUUGGCCAUUACAAGAAAGUGCUUGAGAGGGAGAAGGAGUCGGGUGUGCAAUCCUUCUUCACACUGACGGCGAAGCAGAGCAAGCAGCUGGGGUACAAGUUCACGAUGGACCAGAUGGUGUAUGAUGCCAUUGACGGGAUGCAGCAGGGCAACCAGGCUAUACAUCUGCCAAAUCUGGCGGACUCGGGCAUUCCCCAACCUCAACAGUCCCAACAAGGCGAGCAAAGCCAUGUCCACGGGCCACCGGCCACAGGCGAGACAUCCGCCAGUGAAAACGGUGAAGGUGAAGGCGGUGAUGGGUGCGGCACACGGUCGUCAGGUUCCGCACCCCACGGAAAGAGGAAGAAUGCCCGCCAGCUCGCGUUCGACUCUGUGACUGAUGUCAUGAAGACCCACUCCACCGUCGUCGCUGAUUCCGUGGACCGCGCAAGCAAACGACCGUGUGAGGUGAUUAAGCGACAAUGCGACAUAAUGGAACGCGAAGCGAUGAUGCAGGAAAGGCAAUGCGAGGUGCUGGAUGCCGGCCAGCGGAUGCUUUGCGAUGCUCUGCUGAAGAUAGCGUCGGCGUUCGUGUUCAGGGAGAGCAUGGACGUCGUGGUCGCGCUGAGAGGGCGGAUCGCGGGGCGGACGGUCGCCUUUUACGAAAUGAGACACCACAGAGAUAAGGACUGCGGACGGGCAUUCGACUUCGUGCACACGGUCACUCGUUAUGAAGUGAGGCACUUCGAGGUGGAUGACAACGAGCGCGCUUGCCUGCGCUUGACUGUCGGUUACGGUUUCGCCCGUGGAUUGCUCACACACGUUGUCGCUUUCGCGACGAAGGUCGGGGAUGCGAUUCCCGAUCGGUGGGAUUUCGGCGUUGAUGUUCUCGCCGAUCUCGUUGAUCUUCUUGUUUCCAACGUGGCGAUGGAGUUCAAUGAUCGCUUAGACAAGGCCGCUGCGAACUGCUGGGCAGCCGGGAACACGCGCCCUCAGCAACAGCAGUUUCAACAGCAGACGAGUCAGAAACACGAUGAUGAUGAAACGAGCGAAAUGAAGGCCUAUUUCAGGAAGAAGAUACAUAAGCAGAAACUAGAAGAGGAAAAGAGGGAAAAGGAGGAAGAGGAAAGACGGAGAAGACAAAACGAGGAAAGGAAAGAAGCUGAUCGACUACGAGAAUUAGAGGCAAGAGAAGCUAGACUCGAAGCGAAGCUGCUGAGACUAAUAAGCCAACAUACCAAGACUGUAAGCAUUCCGGCGCCUCACAUUGAGAAGAAGAAAUCUCCUCGUACGAAAGCACGCAUGCUUAGAGAGAUUCGAAGCUAUCUGGAUGAAUCAAAGAAUGAGAGCGACGAGGUCAAAGAAGAGGCAGGAAGACUCGUCGACGCUAUUGAGAAGCGAAAAGGGAAACAUAAGAUUAAUGGAGGAGAAGCGUGGUUAUCGAAUAUGAAGAUGCGCGCGUCAAAAUUCACACCAAUCGACAUCGAUGAUCUACCAGAUGAAUUGUGGACUCCGCCAACUCGGAAGAGAGAUGGGAGAAACGAUGCGCGUGAGGAGAACAUCCUCGAGUUUGCGCUGGACUUACACCAGAAAUGGUCGGCCAUCAAAGCACCGGAGCUGAAGAAGAUCUGCAACAAAGAGAGUAUCAAGUGGACCAAGAAAGAGACAGCAAUAACCGAACUCGUGAGAUGCCGAACGAAGUUGGUGUACGGCGAGGGAGGUACGGGAAAUCAAGGUGCUACUUCUCUAUCCGGUAAAUGAGAAGUAGAUACGCCUGUAUCUCGAUGAUCUCGAUUUGAAGGUGAAUGGAAGUGAGGAACGAACGAACUAGGAAGGAAGGAGUAGUCACAUGGAGUAUUUACGAG